AUGGAGUCCGAUAUGGACCUCACUGUGCACCAUCAAGGCACAGCGCACGCCUUCUCUUUUCCGAGCUCCGCAACACUCGAAGACCUCUCCGCAGCAAUCGAAACGACGCUGAACAUCCCAACCACCAACCAGAAACUCCUGAUCGCGCCAAAGCCAGGGAUGCAAAAAGCCCCCUUCCCACCGACCCGCCUAGACACGAUCCUCCAACUCUCAUCCCCAAAGUUCAAGAUAACUCUCCUCGGCACACCCACCCAAGCAAUCGCAGACCUAAACCACCAAGCGGAAACCAACCGUCGGCGCGAAGAAGCCCGAGCCGCAGCCCUCGCCUCCGCACGACGCAAUAAAUCCAAAGCCUCCGCACGACCAAGCAACACAGUCGCCACACUCUCCUCAACAAGCAACUCCUACACCUUCCACCGACUCCUCCCACUCUCCUACCUCCCACGUCCCGAACGCUCCCUCGACUUCCUCAAGCGCCUGCGCGAUGACCCAGGUAUCCGCGCCGCGAUGGCAAAACACCAGUUUUCCGUCCCCCUCCUCACAGAAAUGAACCCGGCCGAACAUACCUCCGGUGACCACCAAGGCGUCUCACGGACGCUGGGACUCAACCGCAACCGAGGUGAGGUAAUUGAGCUCCGUCUGCGCACAGAUGCAUAUGAUGGAUACCGUGAUUACCGAACAAUCCGCAAAACGCUCUGCCAUGAGCUCGCGCACUGCGUGUUCGGGGAUCACGAUCGUGAUUUUUGGAACUUGACCUCGCAGAUUGAGAAGGAGGUUGACGCGGCGGAUUAUAAUGCGGGUGGGAGACGGUUGACGGAUCAGGAGUUUUAUAAUCCUGGGGAUUGGGAGCAGGCGCAGGAUCAGGAGGUUGAUGAGUGUGGGUGGACUGGCGGGGAGUUUGUACUUGGUGGUUUGGGGCAGGGGUCGUCUUCAGCUUCUGCUUCGGGGGUUGAGUCUAGGCGAGAGAUCCUUGCGCGCGCGGCUGAGGAGAGGAUGAAGAAAGAGGCGAGGAAGGAGAAGCAGGAUGAUGCGGCGUAA